AUGUCUCACGCAGCAGUACAAACCCAAGCGGGCAUGUCGGGUCUCGACUUAGAUGACUCAACUCAAUUAUCGAUGCUGCAUUCGCAGCUCCAUGAGUCUCUCGAGACGUCACUGACACACCAAUUUCCCGAUGGACAGCCGUCCCUCGAGGACGUUUACGACACUCGAACUGUGAAUCUUUCUCGCAGCAGUGCGGUCAUUUUGAUUACUACCCUCAGCGGCAUCACGUUUGUGGGUAGUAUGAGUGGUGGACUACUUACUGUUGGGCUGCCUACUAUUGCAAAGGAUUUGAAUUUACCCAAUAAUCUGUUGCUGUGGCCCGCUUCUGUCUACUCUCUCGCAAAUGGAUGCUGUCUCCUCCUAGCAGGUUCAAUGGCUGACUUCAUGGGGAAUCGAAUGAUCAAUAUCACCGGCUGUUUCCUACUUGGUGCAUUUAUUCUUGCUUGUGGUGUAGCACAGACCGGUAUCCAAAUGAUUCUGUUCCGCACAUUCCAGGGCAUCGCAACUUCGAUGUGCCUCCCCACGGCAUUCAGCAUUUUAACUGAUGCCAUGCCAACUGGCAAGAGAAGAAACGUUGGAUUUGCCUGUCUUGGGCUAGGACAACCAUUAGGAUUUUCGAUGGGACUCGUGCUUGGUGGUCUUUUUCAAGGGUCAUCACUGGGGUGGAGAUUUGGUUAUUAUCUCUGUGCAGGGAUCUCUAUGGUCCUUACAGUUGUGAAUUUCUUCAAGUUGCCGAAGGAUGCACCACGGGAGCCGAUUUCGUGGCGCAGACUUCGCUCAGAAAUUGAUUGGGUUGGAAUUCUUCUGUCGAGCUCUUGCCUGGGGAUUAUUUCUUACGUGUUCGCUACCAUCACCGAUAGCCCGUCAAACAUUCACCGAGCGGAAAAUAUUGCCUUGCUUUGUGCAGCCGCAGUUAUGAUACCUGCAUUCUUGGGCUGGAUGAACUACCGCGAGAGGAAUGGCAAAUCUGCAUUGAUUCCGAACACUCUGUGGAAAAAUACAGCGUUUUCAUCGGUCUGUGUCAUGGUGCUCCUUUCUUGGGCUGUACUAAAUGGAAUGGAAACUAUUCUGAGUCUAUUCUUCCAGGAAGUUCAAGAUCUAUCUGCCUUCCAGGCCUCUCUUCGCUUCUUACCAAAUGUGAUUAUCGGCAUAGUGCUCAAUGUUGGGACCGGACUGCUCGUCCAUCGCCUCCAUGCGGAUCAUUUGGUGCUUGUCAGCACGUUCCUUAGUGCCGGAUCCCCACUACUGAUGGCUAUCAUCAACCCGAACUGGUCGUGGUGGUAUUGUGCGUUCUGGGCUGUUCUCUUAGGUCCCCUUUCAGCUGAUGUCAUCUUUACUAUCGCAAACCUCAUUAUCACCGAUGCCUUCACUCCGAAAACCCAAGGUCUCGCAGGGGCAGUUUUUAACACCGUCGCGCAAUUCGGAACCUCCAUUGGGCUCACUAUCUUCGCCAUCAUUUCUGCCAGUGUCACUCAGGGGUCAUCGUAUUCUAACAAACUUUCCCCGGAAGCACUAAUGAUUGGGUACCGAGCUGUCUUCUGGACUUGUUUUGGAUUAAUGCUGGCGGCUUGUGGUGUUGGUGCUUUGGGAUUACGCAAGAUUGGAAAAGUUGGGUUGAAGCGGGAUUAA